AUGGCCCCGAAGAGAGGCGGCAAGGCGCCGGUCCCCGCCAAGAAGAAGGCGGUGGUGACGAACCCGUUGUUCAAGAAGAGGCCGAAGCAGUUCAGGAUCGGCGGCGCCCUUCCAUCCAAGAAGGACCUCCACCGCUUCGUCAAGUGGCCCAAGGUCGUGUGCAUCCAGCGCCAGCGCCGCAUCCUCAAGCUCACUUCUUGGCAAUAUGAUUGGGCAACAAACUUGUUCAAGAUGCUUCUUAAGUACCGCCCUGAGGACAAAGCUGCCAAGAAGGAGAGGCUUUUGAAGCGGGCCCUGGCUGAAAGUGAGGGGAAAACUGUUGAGGCAAAGAAACCAAUUGUUGUGAAGUAUGGCCUUAACCAUGUGACUUACCUCAUUGAGCAGAGCAAGGCCCAACUGGUUGUCAUAGCCCAUGAUGUUGAUCCGAUUGAGCUGGUGGUGUGGCUCCCAGCCCUUUGCAGGAAAAUGGAGGUUCCAUACUGCAUUGUCAAGGGAAAAGCACGCCUUGGAUCGAUCGUUCACAAGAAGACCGCAUCUGUCCUUUGCCUGACCACAGUCAAGAAUGAGGACAAGCUUGAGUUCAGCAAGAUCCUGGAGGCUAUUAAGGCGAACUUCAACGACAAGUUUGACGAGGUCAGGAAGAAGUGGGGUGGUGGUAUUAUGGGCUCCAAAUCACAGGCGAAAACCAAGGCCAGGGAAAAGCUGCUUGCCAAGGAAGCUGCUCAGCGGAUGACCUAA